AUGCCAUGGCGGAGCUCUGCAAAACAAAUGCGGUCAAGUCGUGAGAUUGAGCGAAAGCAAUUGGAGGAUGGAAAAGAGAUUGUGAAGUUGGCCUCGGGUGUCCAAUUCCUCGACUUGCGAGUCGGUGGCGGGGAGGUGCCCGAGCUCGGCGACGUGGUCCUCGCGCACGUCAAAGGAUACCUGAUGGAAAAGGACGACCCUGUGUUCCUGGACACUCGCGCAGAUGGUGCCCCGCUAGUCUUCCCGCUUGGCACGGAAACAGAGGGCGUCACCGAGGGCUUAUCGGAAGCUCUGGCGACCAUGAAGCUGGGAUCCAUCCGGGCUGUGCAGGUACCCUCCUACCUUGGAUAUCCCAAUGGACUUGCGCGUGCCGGGGUGAAGCCUCCUUUGCGGCUUCCCAUUCCUCAGAGGGAAGGUUUGCGCUACGAAAUUGAGUUGCUGCGCUGUGUGCAAGCACCGAAAGAAAACGGUGCAACGAGCAGCCAAAGGCUUUGCUGCUCCGAUGCCGAAUAUCCAUGUAAGCUCUCCCAGGACAUCAGGUUGGAUGUGACUGCAGAUGCUUCAAGCAAGACCUAG